AUGAAUACUGUUACGAACUCGCAAAAAGAAGUCAAGGUGCGUGGAACUCAUUUGUUCGUACUAGGCGUCACUUGUUCGAGCACACUUGUCCUGCGCCCCGUGGCCGGGCUGGCCACCGUCAGCCGUCACGUCCCUCUGCUGUUCCACUGCACGUCUACUGCCGGGAACUGCGCCAACAACACGCCACUCCUGCGGCUCAGUGCCAGGGUGCUGGUCCUACAGAACACUCGCCGUAGCCGAACGAGGCUGCUAGCAAAGGAUCACGCCGUCUUCCAUUCGGGUAGCACUCUCCUCAUCGUUCUGGCUGGGUAUUUGAAGUCGCCGUCUCAACCAGUUGUUAAACUGAGACUAAAUAUUUGGGUGGGAAAAUUGAGCCGAUUCAUUUUUUUAAAUUUUAAACUUGUAUUCUAUUCUAGACUGCCAGUUCGGAAUAUUCAUUACGUUUUUAUCAUACCAGUGGAACAAAAAGGUUUUAUACCGUUACAAUACAAUAUGUGA